CAAACAGUGAUGACCGGCUCCUCUCUCACAUCUCUCAUGUAGCUGAGAGCCAAGAUCACAAAGGAGGCAAACAAGUAGACUCAGGAUCAACUAGCAAUACAGAGCCAAAACGACAGAAGAGACAUCGUAAAAGUAAAAGUCACAGUAACAAUGUAUGUAACACUACCAUGUCAAAGUUUCAGACUCACAAAGGUAAAAAGAUUUUGAAGUGUGACACUUGUGGAAAAGCUUUUAAGUAUAUUUCCCAAUUGAAUAGACACCUGACAAUCCACACAGAUGAGAAACCGUAUUCAUGUAACUCUUGUGAAAAAAGAUUCUCAUUGCCAGCUGCAUUAACCCUGCAUAUGAAAGUCCACACCGGUGAGAAGCCGUACCCCUGCAACACUUGUGGGAGAAGAUUUACUCAAAUGGCAAAAGUGAAAAGGCACAUGAGAACACAUACAGGUGAGAAGCCAUACCCAUGUAACAGUUGUGAGAAAAGAUUUUCUCAUCUGCACGCAUUAAAAGCGCAUACGAGGAUCCACACAGGUGACAGGCCGUACCCAUGUAACACUUGUGAGAAAAGAUUUAUUUAUCCGCACGCAUUAAAAACGCAUAUGAGAAUCCACACAGGUGAGAGGCCGUACCCAUGUAACAUUUGUGAGAAAAGAUUUACUUAUCCGCACGCAUUGAAAACACAUACGAGAAUCCACACAGGUGAGAGGCCGUACCCAUGUAACAUUUGUGGGAAAAGAUUCUCUGUGACGAGCGCAGUGAAAGUGCAUAUGAGAGUCCACACAGGUGAGAAGCCGUACACAUGUAACACUUGUGAGAAAAAAUUCGCUCAGCUGACCGUAUUACAAAUGCAUAUGAGAGUCCACACAGGUGAGAAGCCAUACUCAUGUAACAUUUGUGAGAAAAGAUACUCUCAAACGGGCCAAUUAAAAUAUCAUAUGAGAACACACACAGGUGAGAGGCCAUACUCAUGUAAAAUUUGUGAGAAAAGAUUCUCUCAAACGGGCACAUUAAAACGUCAUAUGAGAGUCCACACAGGUGAGAAGCCGUACCCACGUAAUUCAAUUCAGUUCAAUUCAGUUUUAUUUACAUAGUGCCAAAUCACAAGAAAAGGCAUAUCAGGGCACUCUUCAGACGUUGCAGGAUUCAGUUGUAGUGAUUCAUUGAUAAAACAUGCAAGAACAUAUAAUGGCAGCACAUGUUGACAAAAAACAAUCCAUGAACAGGACAAACACUUGAGCCGAAACUCUUGUAUGCAAGUGUUCACCAACAUCUUUGUAAAUUAAUAUAAAACAUUCUCCAUGAAGAGGGGUUCAGAAUAUCUUCAUGUAAGUUGUACACUGUCAACAAUGCUUUUUUUUCUUCAUGUUACUGUUGACAAAAACAUUUGUAUUUUUUCUAGGUUCGAGAUAAACUUUUUGUUGUCAAAAGUUUUUUAUUAACAAUAAAAUAUUUUUUUCAUGAUGGCUUUUCAAACUGA